AUGUCGGAAGGAGCCAAGCCCCUACCCCCAUGGGGCAGUGCCAUUGCGGGCUCUACGGGUGCUGUUCUUGCGAACGCACUCGUGUACCCGCUAGAUAUUGUCAAGACCAGACUUCAGGUCCAGGUCAAACGAAAAGAUAUUGACAGUCAGCCUCUCCACGAAGGGGACGACCAUCAUCCCCACUACGAGUCGACCCUGCACGCCAUCCAAUCGAUUAUUGAACAUGAGGGCAUCCCAGGCUUAUAUUCAGGCAUGACUGGCGCAUUGGUUGGCGUGGCCAGCACAAACUUCGCCUACUUCUAUUGGUACUCAAUAGUGCGGACUAUCUACCUGAGGUCCGGUGCGACACAUUCCACAGCUGCCGAGUUGUCAUUAGGUGCCGUCGCAGGUGCACUUGCCCAGCUCUUCACCAUCCCUAUUGCAGUCAUCACAGCUCGGCAGCAAACGCAAAGGAAAGGUGAGAAGAAGGGCAUCUUCGAGACCGGACGAGAGGUCGUGCACAGCGAAGAUGGCUGGACUGGCCUCUGGCGGGGACUCAAGGCCAGUUUGGUCCUUGUCGUUAAUCCGUCCAUCACCUAUGGCGCGUAUCAGCGCCUCCGAGAGAGCUUCUACCCAGGUCGCGUGAACCUGCGUCCCCACGAAGCCUUCCUUCUCGGCGCCCUCUCGAAAGCGCUCGCGACCAUCGCGACGCAACCCCUCAUCGUCGCCAAGGUCGGCCUCCAGUCCCGCCCCCCUCCCGCACGGCAGGGCAAGCCCUUCAAGACCUUCGGCGAGGUCAUGGCAUACAUCAUCGAGCACGAGGGCCCAAUGGGUUUGUUCAAGGGCAUAGGCCCGCAGAUCAUGAAGGGCUUCAUUGUGCAGGGCAUUCUCAUGAUGACCAAGGAGAAGAUGGAGCUGCUGUUCAUCAUGCUGUUCGCCUAUGCGAGGAUGGUGCGCGAGCAGAAACUCAAGAAGCUGGCCGGGGCCGUCAAGGAGAAGGCAAAGGAUUCGAACAUCGUGUGA